GCUUCUUGCGCUGGUGCAUUGUGGGGUAGUGGAGGACCCGCGUUGCGGAUGGAGGGGGAGUCGAGCCGUGGGGCUGUCAUGGCGACUAACAUCGAACAGAUCUUUCGGUCCUUUGUGGUCAGCAAGUUCCGGGAGAUCCAGGAGGAGCAGGAACAGCAGCAGCAGCUGGGCGGUGGAAAGGUAGAAGGCCAGCAGAAUGGUGAAACAAUCCCAGCUGAGCAAGCAAACACUUCAGAUGACACAGUUACGGGUGCUGGGAGUCUUCAGAAUGAUCAGAUAGUUCAGAAAAUAGAGGAAGUACUGUCUGGGGCCCUUGAUACAGAGCUACAGUGUAAAUCAGGUGUGGAGGAAGAUUCAGUGAAAAAUAGCUCUCCAUCUACAAAAAGAGGCCCUACUGAUGAAGUAGAAGAUGAAAUUCCAAGAAAAAAGUCAAAAAAGAACAAGAAACACAAAAGCAAGAAGAAGAAGAAGAAAAAGAAGAAGAAAAGGAAGAAAGAAAAAAAACACAAAAAGCAGCCAAAGGAAUCAAAAUUAAGUGCACAGUAUGGAGAGCAUGCAGAUUUACAACCUGUUUCCCACUCAAAGACAGAAAAAUUGGGCUCAAAGUUGAUCACACAGCAUGGAGGACAUGCAGAUUCAGAUCUUGCUGGUCAAAUGCAGCCAGAAGAAUUGGGCACAAAAUUGAGUGCAGAGUACAUGGGACAUUCAAUUAAAAGACUCACACCUCAUUUGCAAUCAGAUUCUGAAUCAUCUGUGGAAAAACUUGGGAGUGAAAAAACAAACUUGGCCUUGACUGAUACACACAGUACAUUCAGUUCAGAAACCAGCAAAUUGGAUACCCAGGAAGAAAAUACUAGUACGAUGAAAAUUCAAGAGCAAGCUAAAGUAAAAUUAUUGGUUAAUAAGACUCAUGAAAGUAUAUAUCAUAUAGCUAUUAAUAUGAAUGCAAAGGGUGGACCUUUACCAGUUAAAGACACUGAAAAUGGUACUGUGUCUACCAACAGUACUGGAGUUGCUGGUAAAUCUGAAAUUGAAAAGGAUUUGGGGGCUAUUCCAGCCUCUGAGAUAACAGAAGAACUAAAAGAUUCAGAAGCUACUCUGAAAUCGAUGGGCAUGGUGGAGGUGAAAGACUUAGAAACAACCUUAGAAUCUGAGGCCAUGGCAAAGAUUAAAUUUUCAGAAGCAAUUCUAAAAUCUCUGACUAUGGUGACUUCAGAGGGUUUGGAGGCCCCUCUAGAAUCUGUGGCUGUGACAAAUGAUUUGGUAGAAACUCCAACAUCUGUAGUUGUAAUGGAGAUGAAAGCUUUGGAAGAAACCGCAGAAUCUGUUGUCAUGACAGAUAUGAAAGGUUUGGAAGCAACUCUAGAAACUGUGGGUGUGGCAGAGGCAAAAAGUUUGGAAGGUGGUCUUGAAUUUGUGACUGUGCCAUAUGAUUUGGUAGCAACUUCAAAAUCUGUGGCCAAGGCAGAGGUGAAUGGUUUGGAAGCAAAUUCAAAAUCUGCAUCUGUGGUGGAGGUGAAAGGUUCAGAAGGAGCCCUAAAACCUGUGGCCAUGCAGGAGGUGAAAGAUUUAGAAAGAACCCUAGAAUAUGUCGCCCCGGGAAAAGAUUCAGAAACAACGCUAGAAGCUGUUGUGAAUGCAAAAGAUUUGGAAGCAGCUCUAAAACCUGUAAUGGAGAUGAAAGAUUUGGAAGUAACUCCAGAAUCUGUACACAUGGAGGAGGUGAAAGGUGCAGAAGGAACCCUAGAAUCUCUGGCUAUGGCAGUAGAUUUGGAAGGAACCCUCAAACCUGCUCCUGUGGCAGAGGCAAAAGAUUCAGAUGCAGCAUCACUGUCUCUGCAAAUAGAAGAUAUGAAACAGUCAAAAGGAUUCCUAGAAUCUGUGGCGAUGGCAAAAGGUCCAGAAACAAUUCUAGAUCCUGUAGGGAUGGCAAAAGGUCUAGAAACAAUCCUAGAACCUGCAGGGGUGACAGAGGUGAAAGAUUUGGAAGAAAUUCCAGAAUCUCUGCACAUACAGGAUAUGGAAGAUUUGGAAGCAUCCUUAGAACCUGUGGUCAUGACAACAGGUCUGGACAUGGCUCUAGAACAUGUGGCUGUGGCGAAAGGUGCAACUCCAUUUUCUAUGCAAAUGGAGAAAGUGAAAGAUGUGGAAGGAGCCCUAGUAGAAUCUGUGGCCAUGGCAAAAGGCUCAGAAGCAGCCCUAGAACAUGUUGUCUUGGCAGAGAAUCAAGAUGUGGAACCAACUUCACUAUCUCUGCAAAUGGAAGAUGUGAAAGAUUCGGAAGGAGCCCUAGAAUCUAUUGCCAUGAAAGAAGGCUCAGAAGCAACCCAAGAGCCAGUGACAGAGGCAAAAGACUUGGAAGCAAUCCUAGAAUCUGUCUCGGGGGUGAAAGGUUCAGAACCAGCACCACUGUCUCUGCAGAUGGAAGAUGUGAAAGAUUCAGAAGUAGGUGUAAAAUCUUUGGCCAUGGCAAAAGGUUCAAAACCAACCCUAAAAGCUGUGGCUGUGUGGGAGGGAAGAGGUUCAGAAGCAAUUCUGCUGUCUCUGGAAAUGGAGAAUGUGAAAGAUUCAGAAGAAGCCUUAGAAUCUGUGGCCAGGGUAAGAGGUUCAGAACCAACCCUAGAACCUGUGGCCAUGGUAGAGGCUAAAGGUCUGGAAGUUCUCUCUCUGCAAAUGGAGAAUGUGAAAGAUUCAGAAGGAGCCCUAGAAUCUGAGGCCAUGGCAAAAUAUUUAGAGGCAACUCUAGAACCUGUGGCAGAGGUGAAAGAUUCGGAAGCAAUGCUUCGGUCUCUGCAAAUGGAAGAUGUGAAAGAAUUAGAAGGAACCCUAGAAUCUGUCGUGGCGGCAAAAAGUUCGGCCGCACCCCUAGGGCCUGUGGCCAGGGUGGAGGAGAAAGAUGCAGAAACACCUCCACUAUUUCUGCAAAUAGAAGAUGUGGCAGAAUCAGAAGGAGUCCUAGAAUCUAUGUCGGUGGUGAAGUUGAAGGCUUUGGAAGCAGCCUUUGAGUCUGUAGUCAAGGUAGAGGUGAAGGAUUUAAAUAAACUUGUACAAGCUGAGUCUGAGGUCACAGCUCAGUUUAAAGAUUUGGAAGCAAUUCCCAAAUUUCUGUGUAUGGAGGCAGAUUCGGUAAUAACUCCAGAAUCGGAGACAUUGGAAGUGAAAAACAUGGAAAUAAUUGGACAAUCUGAAUCACUGGGAGAAGUGAAAGAUUUGGAAACCACUCCAGAAUCUAAGGCAGUGACAGAGUCAAAGGAUUCAGAAACAACUACAGAAACUCAGGUGGUGAUGGAAGUAAAAGAUUUGAAAACAAUUCCAGAGUCCCAAGUCAUGACAGAAGUGAGUGACUUGAAAAUAUCUCCACAUACUGAUGUGGAGGUGAUGAAAAGUUUUGAAACCGCUACAAAGUCUGAUGCCACUAUAAUAGAGGUGGAAGAUUCUGAAUCAACUCUGGAAUCUAGGGCAGUAGUGGAGGUGAAAUAUCUGGAAGCCACACCGGAAUCUGAGGCAAUAACUGGCAUAAAAUAUGCUAAAAAAUUUCUAGAAUCUGAGGCCAAGACAGAGUUGAAACAUUCAGAAGCUACCCCAGAAUCUUUACAACUUACAGACUUGAAAGAUUCUGGAAAAACUCCAGAACCUGAGAUGAUGAUAGAAAUGAAAGAUUCAAAAACAGCUAAAAAAUCGGAGCCAAUCACUUUGGUGAAAGAUUCUGAAGCUAGUCGAGAAUUGCUGCAUAUAGUGGUAAAAGAUUUGCAAUCAACUCUAGAACCUGAGACUGUGACAGUGGUGAAAGAUUUGAAGGAAACUCUAGAGUGUGAGAUGGUGGUGGCGAAAGAUUUGGAAACAACCCUAAAAUCUGAAGCAAUCAUGGAUGUAAAGCAUUCUAAGGCUGCUCCAGUAACUUUGUAUAAAGCAAAGGUAAAGGAUUCAGAAGCAGUUCCAGAAUCUCUCUACUCAUCGAAGGUGAAAGGUGCGGAAUUAGCUCUAGAACUGGAGGCAGCAGCAAAGGUGAAAGAUUUGAAAGAAACCCUAGAAUCUGAGGUCAUGGUAGAUGUGAAAGAUUUGGAAGCUGCUUCAGAAUCUGUUGUCAGGAUGAAGGUAAAAGAUUUGGAAGAAAUUCCAGAACAUUGGCAGCCAGUGGGUGUGAAAAUUUUGGAAGCAUCUCCGGAAUCUGAGGAAACAAUAGAAGUAAAAUAUUUAGAAGCAACUCCAGAAGCUCAGGUGUUGACAGAGAUGAAAGAUUUGGAAGAAACUCUGGAAUCUCUGUACACCACAGAGGUGGAGGAGUUAGAAAAAAUUACAAAAUCUAUGCCAAUGGUAGAAGUGAAAGAAUCUGAGGCUGUGAUGGACCUGAAAUUCUCAGCAACCACUCUAAAAUCUGAGAAAACAGUGGAGGUGAAAAUUUUGGAAGAUACACCAGAAUCUUUGGCAGUGGAAAAUAUACAAAAUUCAAAAGCAUAUCUAGAAUCUCUGCACACUGAGGAAAUGAAAGAUUUGGAAGCUGAUCUAGAAGCUGAGACUGCAACAGAUCUGAAGGAUUUGGAAGAAACUUUGGGCACAGUGCAGGUGAAAUAUUCAGAAGCAGUUUUGAAAUCUGUGGGCAUAGCAGAGAGAAAACAUUUGGAAACAACUGUAGAAAGUCCUAAUGCAGUGCUAGAUUUGGAAACAGUUUUAGAACCUCAGCACACUGUGGAUCUGAAACUUCCGGAAACUCCUGAGAUUCCUGAGUUAACAGUGGAGGUGAAAGAUUCUGAAGCAGCUCUAGAAUCUGAGGCUAUUACAGAGAUAAAUGACUUGCAAGCUACUCCAGAGUCUGUGGCCACGGUGGAGGUGAAAGAUUUGAAAGUAGUUCCAGAUUCUCUUCACACAGUAAACAUGAAUAACUUGGAAGCAACUCCAGAAUUGGUGACAGCUGCAAAGGUGAAAGACUUGGAAACAGCUCCAGAAUCUGUGGUGGCAGUAGCAGAGGUGAAGGAUUUACAAGCAGCUCCAGAAUUGGCAGCAGUGGUGAAAGAUUUGGAAGCAGCUCCAGAAUAUGUGGUGAUGCUGGCAGAGGUGAAAGAUUCAGAACUAGUUCCAGUUUCUCUGCAUACCAUAGAUGUGAAAGAUUCUGAAACAAUUCCAGAAUCGACGGUGGUGGUUUCAGAAGCAAAAGAUUCAGCAGCAGCUCCAGAAUCUGUGGCGGAGUUGAAAUACUCAGAAACAAGUCCAGAAUCUGUGGUGGUGACUGCAGAAAUGAAAGAUUUAGAAGCAGCUCUGAAAUCUGUGGUGGUGGCAGAGGUGAAGGAUUUGAGAGCAGCUCCAGAAUCUUUGGCUGCAGAGGUGACAGACUUGGAAGCAGCGCCAGAUAUUCUGUGUCCUAUAGAUGUAAAAGAUUCUGAAACAGCUCCAGAAUCUGUGGUGGUGGCAGCAGAAGUGACAGAUUUGGAAGCAGCUCCAGAUUUUCUGUGUACUGUAGAUGUGAAAGAUUAUGGAACAACUACAGAAUCUGUGAUAGCGGCUGAAGAAGUGACAGAUUUGGAAGCAGCUCCAGAUUUUCUGCACAUUGAAGAUGUGAAAGAUUCUGAAAGAGCUCCACAAUCUGUGGUAGUGGCUGCAGAGGUGAAAGAUUCAGAAGCUGCUCCAGAAUCUGUUGUGACAGUGGCAGAGUUGAAAUAUUCAGAAACAAGUCCAGAAUCUGUGGUGGCUACUGCAGAAAUGAAAGAUUUAGAAGCCGUUCUGGAAUCUGUGGCAGUGGCAGAGGUGAAGGAUUUGCAGGCUGCUUCAGAUGGUUUGGUGGCGGUGGCAGAGGUGAAAGAUUUGAAAGUAUCUCCAGAAUCUUUGGCAGUGGUGGCAGCAGAAGUGACAGAUUUGGAAGCAGCUCCACAUUUUCUGCACAUUGAAGAUGUGAAAGAUUCUGAAAGAGCUCCACAAUCUGUGGUAGUGGCUGCAGAAAUGAAGGAUUCUGAAACAACUCCAGAAUCUGUGGCGGCAGUGGCAGAGGUAAAAUACUCAGGAACAAGUCUGGAAUCUGUGAUGGCUACUGCAGAAAUGAAAGAUUUAGAAGCCGUUCUGGAAUCUGUGGCAGUGGCAGAGGUGAAGGAUUUGCAGGCUGCUCUAGAUGCUGUGGUGGCAGAGGUGAAAGAUUUGAAAGCUGGUCCAGUUUCUGUGGUGGUGGUGGCAGAUGUAGAAGAUUCAGAAGGCACUCCAAAAUCUGUGGAGGUGGCUGCAGAGAUGCAAGAUUCAGAAGCAGCCUCAGAAUCUGUGGCGAUAGCGGCAGAGAUGAAGGAUUUGCCAGCUGCUCUAGAUUCUCUGGUGUCGGUGGCAGAGGUAGACGAUUCAGAAGCAGCUAGUGUUUCUCUGCAUACUUUAGGUGUGAAUGAUUCAGAAGCAGCUCCAGAAUCUGUGGUGGCUACGGCAGAGAUGAAAAAUUUGGAAGCACCUCCAGUUUCUCUGUAUACAGUGUACAUUAAAGAUUCAGAAACAACUCAAGAAUCUGUGACAGUGACUGCAGAGGUGAAUGAUUCAGAAACAGCUCCAGCAUUUGGGCCAGUGGCGGAAGAGGUGAAAGAUUUGGGAGCACCUCCAGAAUCGGUGGUGGCGGUGGCAGCGGUGGAAGAUUCGGGAGUGGCUCCAGAAUUAUUGGUGGCUGGGGCAGCAGCAAAAGAUUUGGGAGUGCCUCCAGAAUCGAUGGUGGCUGUGGCAGCGGUGGAAGUUUCAGGAGUGGCUCCAGGAUUGGUGGUGGUUGUGGCAGAGGCAAAAGAUUCCGAAGCAACUCCAGGAUCUGUGGCAAAAGUGAAGAAUGAUGAUGAUCUCUUUAAAAAAAAGAAAGCAUAUGAAAAAAGUAAGAGUAGUGAUAAACAUAAACAAGAUGCAAAGAAAUUAAAAAGGAGUAAAUCUAAAUCUCUUUCACGAUCCAGGAAGCGGAAAAAAAAGUCCAGGUCACGUUCUGUCUCUAAACAUUUGAAAUAUAAAAGAGCAAGGUCUAGGAGCAGAAACUACUCAGAUUCCAGAAAGAACCAUUCCACAUCUUAUGACAAGUCUAGAUCCAGAUCUGUUGAAAAAAGAGGGGGCAAAGAAUCUUCAUGGAGGUCUAGACGCAGACGCUCCAGGUCCUCUGAUGGUCUCAAGUCAAGAUCCAGAUCCAUUGAUAAAAAGGAAGGCAAAGACUCUUCCUGGAGGUCAAGACGCAGGCGCUCCAGGUCCUCUGAUCGUCUCAAGUCUAAAUCCAGAUCUGUUGAAAAAAGAGAGGGCAAAGGGUCUUCAUGGAGGUCUAGACGCAGACGCUCCAGGUCCUCUGAUCGCCUCAAGUCUAGAUCACAAUCUGUUGAAAAAAGAGAGCGCAAAGAUUCUUCAUGGAGGUCUAGACGCAGACGCUCCAAGUCCUGGGAUCGUCUCAAAUCUAGAUCCAGAUCUGUUGGAAAAAAAGGGCGCAAAGACUCUUCCUGGAGGUCCAGACGCAGACGCUCCAAGUCCUCUGAUCAUCUCAAGUCUAGAUCCAGAUCUGUUGAAAAAAGAGAGCGCAAAGACUCUUCACGAAGGUCUAGACGCAGACGCUCCAAGUCCUCUGAUCGUCUCAAGUCUAGAUCCAGAUCCAGAUCUUUUGAAAAAAGAGGUGGCAAAGAAACUUCCUGGAGGUCCAGACGCAGACGCUCCAAGUCCUCUGAUCGUCUCAAGUCCAGAUCCAGAUCCAGAUCUUUUGAAAAAAGAGGUGGCAAAGACUCUUCCUGGAGGUCCAGACGCAGACACUCCAAGUCCUCUGAUCGUCUCAAGUCUAGAUCCAGAUCCAGAUCUUUUGAAAAAAGAGGUGGCAAAGAAUCUUCCUGGAGGUCUAGACGCAGACGCUCCAAGUCCUCUGAUCGUCUCAAAUCAAAAUCCAGAUCCAGAUCUGUUGAAAAAAGAGGUGGCAAAGAAUCUUCCUGGAGGUCAAGACGCAGACGCUCGAAAUCCUCUGAUCGUUUCAAGUCAAGAUCGAGAUCUGUUGAAAAAAGAGGGGGCAGGGACUCUUCAUGGAGGUCUAAACGUAGACGUUCCAAGUCCUUGGAUCGUCUCAAAUCUAGAUCCAAAUCUGUUGAAAAAAGAGGGGGCAGAGACUCUUCACGGAGGUCUAAACGUAGACGCUCCAAAUCCAUUGAUCAUCACAAGUCUAGAUCCAAAUCUGUUGAAAAAAUAGGUAGUAAAGAGUCUUCACGGAGGUCGAAACGUAGACGUUCCAAGUCCUCUGAUCGUCUCAAAUCUAGAUCCAAAUCUAUUGAAAAACUAGGAAGCAAAGAGACUUCAUGGAGGUCCAGAUGCAGACGCUCAAAAUCCUUUGAUGGUCUAAAGUCUAGAUCUAGAUCCAAAUCUGUUGAAAAAAGAGAGAGCAAGGAGUCUUCACGGAGAUCUAAAAGUAAACGCUCCAAGUCUUCUGAGCGUCACAAGUCCAGAUCCAAAUCUGUUGAAAGAAUAGAGGAACAGGAACCUUCACAGAGGUCUCGAAGUAGCCGCUCCAAGUCUUUUGAACGUCAUAAGUCUAGAUCCAAUUCUGUUGAAGAAAUAGAGGUUCAGGAACCUUCAAAGAGGUCUCGAAGUAGCCGCUCCAAGUCUUCUGAACAUAACAAAUCCAGAUCCAAAUCUGUUGAAGAAAUAGAGGUUCAGGAGCCUUCACAGAGGUUUCAAAGUAGCCACUUCAAGUCUUCUGAACGUCACAUGUAUAGAUCCAAUUCUGUUGAUGAAAUAGUGGUUCAGGAGCCUUCACAGAGUUUUCGAAGUAGCCGCUCCAAGUCCUUGGAACAUCAAAAGUCUAGAUCCAAAUCUGUUGAAGAAAUAGAGGGCAAAGAAUUUUCACAGAAGUCUCAAAGUAGCCACUCCAAGGUUUCUGAAAGUCACGAGUCCAGAUCCAAAUCUGUUGAAGAAAUAGAGGUGCAGGAGCCUUCACAUAGGUCUCGAAGUAGCCGUUCCAAGUCUUCUGAACAUCUCCAGUCCAGAUCCAAAUCUGUUGAAGAAAUAGAGGUGCAGGAGCUUUCACAGAGGUCUCGAAGUAGUCGCUCCAAGUCUUCUGAACGUGUUAUGUCGAAAUCCAAAUCUGUUGAAGAAAUAGAGGCUCAGGAGCUUGCAGAGAGGUCUCGAAGCAGCUGCUCUGAGUCUUUGGAACGUCAAAUGUCUAGAUCCAAAUCUAUUGAAAAAGAAUGCAAAGAUUCUUCACAGAGGUCUCGAAGUAGCCGUUCCAAGUCUUCUGAACAUCUCCAGUCCAGAUCCAAAUCUGUUGAAGAAAUAGAGGUGCAGGAGCUUUCACAGAGGUCUCGAAGUAGUCGCUCCAAGUCUUCUGAAUGUGUCACGUCUAAAUCCAAAUCUGAUGAAGAAAUGGAGGUUCAGGAGCCUUCACUAAGGUCUCGAAGUAGCCGCUCCAAAUCUUCUGAAAGUCACACGUCCAGAUCCAAAUCUAUUGAAAAAAUAGAGGUUGAGGAGCCUUCCCGGAGGUCUCGAAGUAGCCGCUCCAAAUCUUCUGAACGUCACAAGUCCAGAUCCAAUUCUGUUGAAGAAAUAGAGGUUAAGGAGCCUUCCCAGAGGUCUCGAAGCAGCCGCCCUGAAUCCUUGGAACGUAUAGAGGUUGAGGAGCCUUCCCAGAGAUUUCGAAGUAGCCGCUCCAAGUCUUCUGAACGUCACACAUCUAGAUCCAAUUCUGUUGAAGAAAUAGAGGUUGAGGAGCCUGCCCGGAGGUCUCGAAGUAGCCGGUCCAAAUCUUCUGAACGUCACAAGUCCAGAUCCAAAUCUGUUGAAGAAAUAGAAGUUGAGGAGCCUUCACAGAGGUCUCGAAGUAGCCGCUCCACGUCUUCUGAACGUCACAAGUCCAGAUCCAAUUCUGUUGAAGAAAUAGAGGUUGAGGAGCCUUCACAUAGGUCUCAAAGCAGCCACCCUGAAUCCUUGGAACGUCAAAAGUCUAGAUCCAAAUCUGUUGAAGAAAUAGAGGUUGAGGAGCCUUCACAGAGGUCUCGAAGUAGCCGCUCCAAAUCUUCUGAACGUCACACAUCUAGAUCCAAUUCUGUUGAAGAAAUAGAGGUUGAGGAGCCUUCACAGAGGUCUCGAAGUAGCCGCUCCAAAUCUUCUGAACGUCACACAUCCAGAUCGAAAUCUGUUGAAGAAAUAGGGGGCAAAGAUUCUUCCCCGAGGUCUCGAAGUAGCCGCUCUAAAUCUUCUGAACGUCACAAGUCCAGAUCCAAAUCUGUUGAAGAAAUAGAGGUUGAGGAGCCUUCACAGAGGUCUCGAAGUAGCCGCUCCAAAUCUUCUGAACGUCACACAUCUAGAUCCAAAUCUGUUGAAGAAAUAGAGGUUGAGGAGCCUUCACAGAGGUCUCGAAGUAGCCGCUCCAAAUCUUCUGAAGGUCACAAGUCCAGAUCCAAUUCUGUUGAAGAAAUAGAGGUUGAGGAGCCUUUACAGAGGUCUCGAAGUAGCCGCUCUAAAUCUUCUGAACGUCACAAGUCCAGAUCCAAAUCUGUUGAAGAAAUAGAGGUUGAGGAGCCUUCACAGAGGUCUCGAAGUAGCCGCUCCAAAUCUUCUGAACGUCACACAUCUAGAUCCAAAUCUGUUGAAGAAAUAGAGGUUGAGGAGCCUUCACAGAGGUCUCGAAGUAGCCGCUCCAAAUCUUCUGAAGGUCACAAGUCCAGAUCCAAUUCUGUUGAAGAAAUAGAGGUUGAGGAGCCUUUACAGAGGUCUCGAAGUAGCCGCUCUAAAUCUUCUGAACGUCACAAGUCCAGAUCCAAAUCUGUUGAAGAAAUAGAGGUUGAGGAGCCUUCACAGAGGUCUCGAAGUAGCCGCUCCAAAUCUUCUGAACGUCACACAUCUAGAUCGAAAUCUGUUGAAGAAAUAGGGGGCAAAGAUUCUUCCCCGAGGUCUCGAAGUAGCCGCUCUAAAUCUUCUGAACAUCACAAGUCCAGAUCCAAAUCUGUUGAAGAAAUAGAAGUUGAGGAGCCUUCACAGAGGUCUCGAAGUAGCCGCUCCAAAUCUUCUGAAGGUCACAAGUCCAGAUCCAAUUCUGUUGAAGAAAUAGCGGUUGAGGAGCCUUCCCAGAGGUCUCGAAGUAGCAGCUCCAUGUCUUUUGAACGUCACAAGUCCAGAUCCAAAUCUGAUGAAGAAAUGGAGGUUCAGGAGCCUUCACAGAGGUCUCGAAGUAGCCGCUCCAAAUCUUCUGAACAUUGCAUGUCUAGAUCCAAAUCUGUUGAAGAAAUAGAGGUUCAGGAACUUUCCCAGAGGUCUGGAAGCAGCCGCCCUGAAUCCUUGGAACGUCAAAAGUCUAGAUCCAAAUCUGUUGAAAAAAUAGAAGGCAAAGAUUCUUCACCAAGGUCUCGAAGUAGCCGCUCCAAAUCUUCUGAACGUCACAAGUCCAGAUCCAAAUCUGUUGAAAAAAUAGAGGUUGAGGAGCCAUCACAGAGGUCUCAGAGUAGCCGCUCCCAGUCUUCUGAACGUCAAAAGUCUAGAUCCAAAUCUGUUGAAAAAAUAGAGGGCAAAGAUUCUUCACCAAGGUCUCGAAGUAGCCGCUCCAAGUCUUCUGAACGUCACAAGUCCAGAUCCAAAUCUGUUGAAAAAAUAGAGGUUGAGGAGCCAUCACAGAGGUCUCAGAGUAGCCGCUCCCAGUCUUCUGAACGUCAAAAGUCUAGAUCCAAAUCUGUUGAAAAAAUAGAGGUUGAGGAGCCUUCACAGAGGUCUCGGAGUAGCCGCUCCAAGUCUCCCGAACUUCAAAAGUCUAGAUCCAAAUCUGUUGAAAAAAUAGAGGUUGAGGAGCCUUCACAGAGGUCUCGGAGUAGCCGCUCCAAGUCUCCCGAACUUCAAAAGUCUAGAUCCAAAUCUAUUGAAAAAAUAAAGGGCAAAGAUUCUUCACAGAGGUCUCGGAGUAGCCGCUCCAAGUCUCCUGAACUUCAAAAGUCUAGAUCGAAAUCUGCUGAAAAAACAAAGGACAAAAUGUCUUCACGAAGGUCUAGAAGAAAACGGUCCAAAUCUUCUGAUCGUCAUAAGUCUAGAUCCAAAUCAGUUGAAAAAGUAGAGGGCAAAGCGUCUUCACAGAGGUCUAGGAGUAAGCGCUCUAAAUCCUCUGAGCGCAAAUCACAAAAACAUGAUAGCGAAUCACGGUCCAAACGAAAUCGGUCUCGGUCAGUAACACGUAAAAGACUGUCGAAAUCUAAAUCUAAUCAUCGGUCUCGGACACGCUCUCUGUCACGUUCAAGACACAGGAGGAGGACUCGGUCAAGAUCAGUGUCAAAAAGGAGACGGUCUUUAUCAAGAGAGAGACACAAAAGAUCUCAAAGGAACAGAUCAAGGUCUGCUGAUCGAAGAAGAAGACGAUCAAACUCAAGGGAUCACCGAAUAGUGCUCAGGUUACGGACCAGAAGUCGAACACCUAUUCGACGAAAACGGUCUAGGUCUGUGGGAAGAAGACGAAGCUCUAGCAAAUCACCAGUUCGACUAAGAAGAUCAAGAUCACCUGGGAGAAGAAGAUGCUAUAGCAGAUCACCUGAUCGUCAAAGAAGGUCCAGAUCAUCCGAUAAGUUUUCAAGCAGAUCACCUAAACGUCUUACAGACUUAGGAGCUGAGCUUAGAACCGUUUAAGGAUGCUGGGCUGAAAUCACUGAGUAUAUUGAAUAGAUCUACUCACUUUGCCACCAUGCAUAGGUUGUCAGGGUCCCUAUAUUCUGUUCUGUAUCACAUAGUAAGGUGGCAAUAUUUGGAUACAACUAGCUGGUUUCCAAGUUGUUGAGCAGAAAUCCAUUAUGUUAACUACACGUUUCCACAUAAGACUGGUGACUGAGGCAGCCUUAGUCAGAGGCAAGACUCAAGACACCUGGGAUGUUAUUCCAGAUACUGGAAAGCUGUAGUAUGGAAGUGCAUUUGCUCCUCAUUGAUUGCUGCCUGCAUCAGGAAUGACUUCCAGAUCAAGAUGUGGAAGACGACUUACCUAGAAAUGUGAGGAACUUAAACUCUUUAUUGAGGGCAUGACCAUAAGCUAACAACACAUAUAUAUGAUUAUAGCACUGAAAACAGCUCUUCAACUGUGUGGCAAGAUGCAACAGAUUUUGAGAAUCUGAUAUGACUGGCGGGUGUCUCUUUACGCAAAAAUGGAGACCAACCAAAAAUUAAGACAGUAAUAUCACACAUUGUUUUCUUGGAUCCUCUGCCUCUUUCCUGCCACAAGGAGUAGAGCUUCAAUUUAAUUUUUAUCUUUGGGGAAGAGGAAGAAUCCCCACUGUGAAGAAUUGUAGUGAGGAGUUGAUAUUUCUUGAGUUUCUUUUUUUGCUAUUGGUUAUUUAGAUGUAAUAGUUAUUUUGGUCUGUAGCUGAAAGAAACUUCAGUAUACUCCCACCCUAAAAUAAAGAAGUAAUUUAUACGUUUUCGUUGGUUUAUCUGUUCCUAUUCAUUCUCCCUGAUUUUUGGAAUAGUUUUGUUUCUGUUCCUUAUGUGUGUGCUCUGCUUCCUGAUUUCACCUUGGGCCACAUCUUAUGCCCCUCACUUCACUCCUUUGUCUUUUCCGUCUCUCAGCCUAGAGUAGUACAGGUGCUAGAGUAGCUUUAUAUUCACAGCAUUUGGGGAGGGAGGCAGAUUCUUAAAUUGUUCCCAACCCCAGCUAGUCUCAUUGCCUGAAGAAAUGAGAGGAUGAAGAGUUGGACAGCUCAGUAUACUGCCUUGUCCCACCCAUUCCACAUUGUUGGAGCCAGUGGAGGGAGAAAAUAUCUGGAAACAAGAGCUGGCUUAGCAUGAGCAGAGAUGUAGCCCCUACUCAGCAUGUUCAGCUUUCCCUGGGGGAGUUAGAGCAUUUUUUGGGGAGGUGAGUUUCUGCCGCUGCAGUUUCACGAAAAGCUUCACUUGGAGGCCUUUCUGUAGCUGCAAGCUAUGAAGCUGUGUGAUCUUUUUCAUUGCUUAAAAAGUAAGGGGAAUCUCAUCUUGAUAUAUGAGGGUUUACCUGUGUAACUUCUUGUUUAAGGUGGUGAUACUUCAUUUAUUUGGAUGUUGCAGGAUUUUUUGGAAAGUGGUUUAAGAGUCUCAAUUAUUAGAAUACACAAAUAUGCUUCAUGUAUUUCCAUUACCUGCCUUCUCUACACAUUAGAAGCCACAUUUUUUAUUUUCCAUGAAAAAGCAGAAUCUUGUCAUGUUUAAAAUUUUUUAAUAUGUAGUAAGUUUCUUAACAGUUUGAGAUAUAUAUUCAGAGUGUUUAACCUAUGACAUAAAAUGCUUGUUAAAUUCCUGAUUGUUUUGGUUAUAGUCGGUUUAAAAGUGAGCUGCAAAGGAUUUCAGAAAAAUGGGGCUUGUGCCCCAUUUUUGUUUCUUUAUGACUUCUUUCUCCCUCACUUUUACCUGAGAAAUAUCAGGAAUGUCAACUCUGGUCUUCCAUAGUUUUUGUAGGAGUACCUUUCACAUGUCUUAGAGGAUGAAUAUUGUGAACUUUCGCCUUAAUAUAAGAGGCCAUGAUGUUGAAUCUUUAAACAAUGUCUGCAAAAUGUUAAUUAGUCAAUUAAGUUAAAUAGGCAUUGACCAAAAUACAUACACACACACACACACACCACAUACACAAAAAUCUGGAAUUUUCUCUAAUCUGGAAUUUUAGGUAGUCUUAAGGACUUCUUCCCUUCUCAGUUCAUGUUUUCUCACUCUUGUAAAGUUUUUGUUUCACUGUUUCUCAAGUCACACAGACCUGAAUUUCUAAAGUAAAAACCAAGCAGAAAAAACUAACACUCUUUUUUUUUGGGGAGGGGGAGGGAACCCUUCAGGUCUUUAUACACCAUAAAGAAGCAAAAAUAAAAAAAAAAAAAGCACAGACCCAUUUUUUUUUCCUCCUAUGCAGGUCUCUUUAGUUAUAUGCCUUCUGUGAUAUGAGGGAAAAGUGAAUGCAAUGUUCCAUGUUACUUUUAAAUAUAUAUAAAGUGUGAAUAAUAUUU